AAAAAGGUGGUUUUUUGCAGUCUACUUCACGCCCCAGCUUAAUUAUUCUGUACCCGCUAGAAACCUCUCGAGAAGAAAGAUCAGAUCACCAUUGUUUUCCCCUCUCACCAAAAAAAAAAUCUCAACAAAAAUAGUGGAAAAAAUUAAAGAAGACUACCCAAUUGUAGAGAGAGAAAGCUAGAAAAUGGGGUGCAAGAGCUGGAGCUCCGCGGCCCGGCCGUGCGACUCCUGCAAGGCGGCGCCGGCCGCCGCCUUCUGCCGCGCCGAUUCCGCCUUCCUCUGUACUCCCUGCGACGCCUCGUCCCACGGCGGAGCCUCCGCCGCGCUCCACCCGCGGGUCCCGGUGUGCGAGGUCUGCGAGCAGGCCCCCGCCGCCGUCACCUGCCGGGCCGACUCCGCCGCGCUCUGCCGCGCCUGCGACGCCGAUGUCCAUUCCGCCAACCCCCUCGCCCGCCGCCACGAGCGGGUCCCCGUCGAGCCAACCUACGGCGCCGCCCCUACCUCCUCCUCCGCCGGCGGCGCCGGCGAGGAGGCCUCCGAGGCUGAGGCCGAGGCGGCCUCGUGGCUCCUACCCGACCCGAACAGGAAGCUCGGCGACGAGACCGGGUCCCCCGAGUACAAGUCGACCUGCGGGUUGUUCGGCGAGAUGGAUCCAGAUCUGGGCCUCGAUUUGGUACCCGGAAAGCAGAAAACGGGUCGUGCUGCGGUUGCUGAGGAGAAACAUUAUUCGGCCGAUGGGGUUGUUCCGGUUCAGGGUAAGAACGAAUACGGGUCGGGUCAGUACCCGGGUCUUGUUGUCGACGGGUUUCCGGCUUAUGAAGUGGGUUAUUAUAACCCGGGUUCUUUGACUAAGCCGAUCAUUUACAACUUCACCUCACAAUCCAUUAGCCAAAGUGUAGAUUCACCAUCCUUAGAUGUGGGAGUUGUGCCGGACCACACAUCAUUGGCCGAAAUAUCCGAUGCUUUCCCUAACAACACCACCAUUGUUAUUCCAACUCGACUCUCGGCUGUCGACAGGGAAGCUCGGGUUUUGAGGUACAAAGAGAAGAGAAAGAAUCGGAAGUUUGAGAAAACCAUACGAUACGCCUCAAGAAAAGCGUAUGCCGAGACGCGACCAAGAGUCAAGGGGAGGUUCGCCAAGCGCUCGGAAAAUGAAGUUAUUACUUCGUAUGGUGUUGUCCCCAACUUUUUAAAAGUUUGAUCGAAUUUUCAGAAGUUCCGAAUGUUGUUUACUUGAAAAAGAUGGUGAUCGUUAGCGGUGGCUUUCUUUGGCAUGCGGUAUAUAUUAUUGUGUAUUUUGGCCUUUGAAUAAGUUAAAUGUAAUAAUGAUAUCUUUCUAUCUGAAUGGCUAUGCCUUGACGGAGAUUAUAAUGGCCUAUAUAUGGUGUUCUAGAGGAAGUAUAUGUACCAUUAAUUCGAGUCGAUUUUUGUAAUGAUGUUUGUAUUUUGGCAAUAGCUAGUUGACAUGAUCAAGUUUUUGGUUAUCUUGAUCACUUCUAAUAACUGAAAUUUAGUCGCGGUUUAGAUCUCCGGCUGUGUUCUCAUGUAGUUUGCAUGUUUUUUUUGCAUAGAUUUCUCUCAUAUGUGGUACAUGGAAAGAGAUGUGAUCUACAUGUAGUUUGCAUAUUUUAUGUAUAGAUUUGUCUCAUCUGGGUACUAGG